GCAGAGUCAGGCAGCGUUCAGAUGAUUGGUGAGUAUUCCUGGGGAGCGCCCAGAAUAGCAGCGCCUUUGCCCGGUGACCACGCGUCCCGUCCGCCCGCCAGCGAGCCCCCGGUCGCUACAAAGGACGCCCAUCGUCCCGUAACUCCAUCCCCUCUCCGCCGGCUGCUCAGCUUCAUGCUCACCCCAGACCCGCUCCUUGAAGACAUAGGUUUCUCCAGACCCGCUUCUUGAUUGUCCGGAUUUCACCAGACCCACCAGGUUUCUCCAGCACUCUGCAGCCACGACCAGGGAGAGACUGCAGCUGAGAAGCAGACCUCUCUGCCUACAGGCAUUUUAACUGCAGUUAGAGAUGAAUUCAGCUCGCAAAUGAGAUUAUGGCUUUUUCUGGCAUGGUGAUCUUCCUCCCCCUCCUCAUCCUCGCCUCACACGGUGUUGGAGCCAGAAUCUCUGCCUCGUCCAAUCAGAUGCAGGGCUCCACGUGGGAGGCCGGUCUCUGGUGUGACCUCCCCACGGCCCGUACAGAAGAUGGGCCGGAUGGGGACUGUGUUUCUGGCCAGAGAGGGAACUACAGCAUAAAAACACAACACAACACAACAAAUGUCACAAGGUGUCAUGUGACCAGCUACAGUCGUCUACCACUGUUUACUAAUGACACCCACGAUGCCAGAGCCACCCGCUUGAACAUCCUGUGCUGGAUAGACGAGACAGCGGCAAAUCUAAUUUGUAACCUGGAGUGGCCCUCGAACCUGCGCGGAGCCGGGGUUCUGUCCGUGAGCUCGCAGGAUUCUCCAUCAGGGCUGGGUGCGGUGUGUGAAGCCAGCAGGAGUGAGGGAUCUGACUCUGUUACGUGCGUGUCGGCGUUGCAUGCUCUCGAUGGUGAGGUCACCCUGACGGUCAGCGUCUCCAGCUGCACAGGUUCUGCGUGGUCGCCGGCCAUGCGCUUCGUCCCGCGAGCUUUGCUGACGCUGGUGCCCCCAGAGAACCUGCAUCACACCAUGACCGCCGAGGGUGAAGUCCGCUUGGGCUGGACGACACAGCGGCCCAAGAGCGGCCAGUUCAGCUGCGACGUCCGCCAUGCCCAGGAGAUGUCCGGCCACACUGUGUUGGAGGUGAGGGGCGCCAGCAGACCCGAGGUGGAGUUGAGCGGACUCAGCGCCGGAUUUAACUACAGCGUCCAGGUGCGCUGUCGCUCCCCAGAGGAGGCGGGCAUCUGGAGCGACUGGAGCCACCCCCUCUACAUUAACCUACGCGAAGUGAGUUACCUCCCGGAGAGAUUAUUCGCCAGCACUGGUUCCAACGUGACGGUCCGCUGCGUGUUCAAUAACCGGAGCCUCCGCGCCGAAGAUGUGGCCUGGUGGCUGAACUACCACGAGAAGAUUCCGGAAAGCCAGUACAGCGUGGUGAGCGAGCGUGUGAGCAGCGUCACCCUGCUGAACGUGAGACCCCCGCGGCAGCGGGGGUACGACGUGCUGCACUGCUGCCAGCAGAGCGGCGCCAGAUCCCGCUGCAGCUACCCUUACGCUCAGAUUUACGUCACGGACUUCAACAUCGCCAUCUCCUGCGAGACCAACGGCGACUUGACCUCCAUGACUUGUCGAUGGAACGCCAGUCAGUGGGCUGAGGUCACGUUCCUUUAUAGGCAAGCCUCCUCCCCGCCCCCAGUGAGGCCGCAUCCCCCAUUCGAGCUGUCUGCCGUCACUGUCCCUGCCGGCUUCCUGAGUGUCGAGUGGAAGCGCCACGAGCUGCCAGUGUACGGCCUCCAGUACGAGGUGCGCUACGCAGCAGAGGGCACCAGCACGCACUGGAAGGUUGCCGGACCUGUAUUCAAUGAGUCAGCCGCGGUCGCGGUCUCGGACCCGUGCCUGGUUUACACGGUCCAGGUGCGCUGCUGGCGCUCUGGGGGGGCCGGAUACUGGAGUGACUGGAGCGACCCCUGCAACAGCACCGUCCAGAGCCUCAGAGCCCCGGAAGAGGGACCUGAUUUCUGGCGAGUGAUUCAAGAAUAUCCUGGAUCGAAUCGGACCAACGUCACGCUGCUUCUGAAGCCUUUGCCAAGGGGGAACCCGCUGUUUUGUGUGGAGAGGCUUGAAGUUCGUCACCAGACCACUGGGGGCGCCAUGUGGUCAGAGAACCCGGGUUGGGCGUCUGGCUACACUUUCCUCUGGAGUGCAGAGGAGCACUCUGUCACCGUCGUGGCCGUCAAUGACCUCGGGUCCUCGACCAGGAACACUCACAUGGCACUGAGCAGACGUUCCAAAACGCAGCCGCUCCGGGCUUUCGGCUCCACCGUGCUGAAUGGCAGCUGUGCGGUGCUGUCCUGGGUGCUGGACCCCACGGCACCUGCCCCAGCGUCCUUCGUGGUGGAGUGGCGAGGUCGAGGCGGUGCCGGAGAGUGGACGGCCGGGGAGAGUUUCAGCUGGGCGCGAGUCCCUGCAACGACAAACACCUUCUAUCUGCACGAUGUGUUCUUUGACUCGGAUGAAUACCAGUUCGUUCUCUACCCGAUCUUUGAGCGUGGGGAAGGGGAGCCCAUCUGCUCCAAAGAUGACAGGGGGCGUCCCGGCGGAGAGCAAGCGGUCUAUAUGCUGAUGAUGGUGGUGGCUUUCCUGUCUGUGGCCCUGUUCCUGAUGCUGACCGUCUCCCAGCGCCAGAUGAGGAGGGUUGUUUGGAAAGAUGUUCCGAAUCCCAGCAACUGUUCGUGGGCCCAAGGCGUGGAUUUUAAGAAGGCAGAGACCAUCGAGAACCUGUUUCGACACCCAGAGCUGCUGAUGUCCCACCCAUUGCUCCUGGAGUCAGAGACCAUCUCUGAAGCUGUGAUCGUGGAGGAGACCACACCCCCGGCUCGAGAGAAGAUCAGUGAGUCUCAUGGACACUCAGCCGGUGGGGACAGCGGUGAAAUUCAGGGACUUGAGGGUUCAGACCAGUCUAGGAUCACCUAUGCUACCGUCCUGCCUCCGGGGGCACUCUGUCUUCUCUACAAGCAGCAGGAGAGUCUCAGUAGCAUCUCUGAUGAGGGCAACUUCUCAGCCAACAUCUCCGACAUCUCUGGGUCAUUUCCGGGGGGGGCGUGGGAGCCCGAGCAUCCGCGGGGUUCCGAGUUGCAUCUCCGGUGCUCUAGCUUGUACAACUCAGCCGAGGAGUACUCCGAAACCUCGGAGCGGGAGGAGGAAGAGGCCCCAGAGAGGAGUGACACGGGGAGGAAGCUGUGCUAUCUGAGGAUGACCUCACAGGAAGAAGGUGAAGAAGACAAUGGCAAGGAGGAGGAGGAGUUGGGGGCUAGGUUCCUGCAAGACGAUGUCCUGGCAGCCCUCCCUGAGCAGUGGCACAGGCUCCCCCUGGAAUCCAGCCCCCUGCUGGGCACUCAGGGGGGUGAAUGGGCCGUGGGGUCGGCAGUGAGUAACGUCCCGCUAUACAUGCCCCAGUUUCGAACUCUACCGCGUAAGCCAUCAAGUGUUGCAAUACACGAGACAUCCCUCCAGGGGUCGCCAACACUGUGACCAAUCCAAUACAUGGAAUCACUCUUGCUGCUCUCACACUCUCUUGUGACACACCCCCACUCUCAUUACACCCUGACCCAUGUCCAGGUGCCUCUAUCUCUUUCUGAAGGGCUGUGUACGACUUGUAGUUUUUAAAGACACCCUCCCGGUUUGCGUCUGACAAUGGCAAAUCUGGCGUGGUUCAGGCAGGCGGAAUCUCACCAUGCGUGUGGCCAUGCAGUGUCACACUAUUGGAGGUGAAAGGGCAUUAUCGCUACAGCAGCACACGGGCGCGAAACGUCACAAAACAGAACACUGCGGCAGAUGGCAUUAGGCGUUGUCAGCGAACGUGGCGGUCAUUGGGAAAGAAACUGCGACUAACAGGAACUCGCCUCUGUCAAUCAAACCAACCAUCACAUGUCGAGUUCCACCUGAAUGUAUAUUUUUGUUGUUUUACGUACUGUAUCCUGUCUUUGAAAUGACCGUGUAAAAUAUGAUCUAUUUUCAGUAUUUCCCAUUUUCUACUGCAAGCAGAUAAUGAAUGCAAGAAAAACCUAUAAGGUUUUAAAUUACAUGAUUGUGCCAUUCAACUGGUAAAUACUUCAUAAGUGUCUACAUAAGUAGUUCGCAUAUUUUUGUGGUCAAAUAAAGUAUUUAUUGUCAA